AUGGGGUUCUCUUUUCGCCCACCCAAGACCACUCAAAAGGUCGUGCCUCUUAAGCCACCAAAGGGCCAUUUCUUCUUCGCUGGUCGUGCUUUUAAGCGCGUACCAUGGUGGAAGCGGCCUAACCUGCGCCGCCUUUACAUCUACAUUGUCAUUCUUAUCCUGACCAACACGGCCAAUGGGUUUGACGGAAGCAUGAUGAAUGGUCUGCAAUCCCUCUCGUACUGGCAAGACUACUUUGGGGAGCCGCGUGGUGCCAUGCUUGGUUUCUUCAAUGCAUCCAUGUCGCUUGGUUCACUCAUUGGUCUCUUCUUCACCCCGUACCUAAUUGACUGGAAGGGCAGAAAGAUCGGCGUAUCUAUUGGAUGCGUCAUCAUGUUGCUGGCCGUUGCAUUACAAACAGGAGCACAGAAUAUCGGCAUGUUCAUUGCUGCGAGACUGGUCCUCGGGUUUGGGGACACGAUUGUCCUAGGCUCUGCGCCGCUGCUUAUUGCUGAAAUCUCUCAUCCUCAAGAUCGUGCUGUCUUGGUCACGCUUUCUGGUGCAAGCUACCACUCUGGCGCUUUUAUUGCCUCUGACUGGUCUUGGCGGCUACCCUCGCUCCUUCAGGCCAUCUGCUCGUUGGUCAUUCUCGUCUUUGUUCCUUUUAUGCCCGAAUCCCCUCGUUGGCUGUGCAACAAAGACCGCCAUGAAGAAGCUCUUGCUGUCUUCUCCAAGUGGCAUGGCGAAGGCGACGAGAAUGACGAAUUCAUCCAGCUCGAAUACGCCGAGGUUCGUACAGCCAUCGACUUUGACAAGCAGCAAAACUGUACCAGUUGGGCCGACUUCCUCAAGACCAAGGGUAACCGCAAGCGAAUCACCAUUAUCACUGCUAUUGGCUUCUUCAGUCAAUGGAGCGGAAAUGGAUUGAUUUCAUAUUAUCUCAAAUACGUCAUGGACAACGUUGGCUUGACGGAUCCCCAGACGCAGCUCGGCAUCAACGGCGGCAUGAAGACGCUGGCGUUGUGCGAGAAUUUCCUUUUCGCCUUUCUUGUAGACAAGCUCGGUCGCCGUCCAAUCUACCUCAUCUCCACCAUCGGCACGUUUGUCAUGUUCAACAUCUUCACCAUCAUCUCUGCGCGGUACGACGCUGAGCCGCGGGCACCCCUCGGCAAAGGCUUCAUCGUUAGCAUUUUCUUCUACGGCAUCUUCUACGACAUCAAAUCCGGUAUCAUGGCCGGCUACACGACUGAAAUCCUGCCGUACGGGCUCCGCGCAAAGGGAUUCACAUGGCUCAACUUUUGCGUCACGGCAGCUCUCUUCUUCAACCAGUUUGUCAACGGCAUCGCGCUCGACGCAAUCCAGUGGAGGUAUUAUAUUUGCUACUGCGUGUUCCUUGCCUUCGAGGUUGGCGUCAUCUACUUCUGUAUUGUGGAAACGCGAUACACGCCCAUGGAGGAGAUUGCAAAGUUCUUUGAUGGCGAAGAUGGUAUUGAUGUUGGUGAGGCGGCCCUGGCAGAUAUGAAGGAGCGCGGUAAUGGGGUUUAUGAAAAGGACGGAUCAGUUGCGCAUAUCGAAGAGGUGACGAAGUAG